UUUCAGGGCUGCACGCAUCAUACGAGCUGUUAGUAAGCAUGCAGCUGAAAUGCUAGUCAAGCUGACACGCCACGGUCUUGACCCUAAAAAACUCGAAAUCACCGGCAUGAGUCUCGGGGCGCAAACCAUGGGUUUCAUAGCCAAGAACUACCGGCAGAUGAUCGGCCAUAACAUAUCUUUGCUCAAUGCAUUAGACGGGGCUGGGCCAUGUUUCAAGCAUCUCGGACCUGAUGAAAGAUUAGAUAAAUCUGACGCUGAUUUCGUUGUGAGCGUUCUCACAACCAUGGACAUAUCAAGCAUAUCUGUUCCUUACGCUCAUGUAACUUUCUAUGUAAACGGGGGAGCGUUUCAAGAAGGGGAUAUCGCGUGGGUUCCCUGUGAUGCCUUGUGUAGUCAUGUAAGGGCGUAUUUCGUCUGGUGGGCAGCUGUGGUAUAUCCUGAUGCUUUUGUAGCUGUGCGUUGUGAUACUGUGCAGUAAGCUAGAGAUGGGGACUGUUAUGAUUUGCAGCCAAUGGUGACGAACACAAUGGGCCUGCUUACUGUCAGGAGCAAACCAGGAAUUUAUUAUCUGCGUACAGCUAACAGGUGGCCUUAUGCUUUGGGAAGGCGAGGCUUGAGGAAAGCUUAAAAAG